AGUCUCCAGCUCCCCAGGCUACUAGCUCCCAAUUUAUAGUUCCAGAAGCGCACUCAUCCCUAGGUCAUCGUCUUGCUCUCCACACGCCCCCCUCUCCUCUUUCUCUCUCUACGAUCAUCUUGAGAAGCAGCCGUUAAACCGUUGCGACCUCCAUUACUCCUUUGUUGGUGUUGAGGUCUCUGGCUGGCUCCUUCUGCAAGAAACUGUCCAUUUCAUCUUCUCCUCCGCUUCACGUGAAUGCGUGAUCGUCAUGUAUAUAACGGCUUCAUCCUCAGCAGCACUUCUCAGAGCUUCUAGGGCUAGGUUCACUUCCUCUCUCUCCUCUCCAUUUUCUCUAUCCAGAGCUGUUGCUUCGCCGCCUCAGGCUUCGCCUUCUGUCGCCGCCCGUCGAUCUCUCAGCUCCGCCACUUCCUCGGCAGCAUUUCGAUCCCUGCUGUUCUGUUCGGUCCCUCGGUGGAGCCACCGCUUUGAUUGGAGCUCUCCGGCUAGCCUGAGGGCUCAGAUCAGGACCGCCGCACCUAUUAUUCAUCUUCUCGAGCGAAAGAUCGCCACCAUGGCUUCGGAGCAUCCUUUCAAAGGAAUCUUGACUGGCCUUCCCAAGCCUAGUGGUGGUGAAUUCGGGAGGUUCUAUAGCUUGCCUGCACUGAAUGAUCCAAGAAUUGAUAAGCUGCCAUACUCAAUUAGGAUCCUUCUUGAGUCUGCAAUUCGUAAUUGCGAUAACUUCCAAGUCACCAAGGAAGAUGUUGAGAAGAUUAUAGAUUGGGAAAAUACUUCCCCAAAGCAAGUUGAAAUUCCUUUUAAGCCUGCUCGUGUUCUGUUGCAGGAUUUUACUGGUGUACCGGCUGUGGUUGACCUUGCUUGCAUGCGUGAUGCCAUGAACAAGCUUGGCAGUGAUUCGAACAAGAUUAAUCCUUUGGUUCCUGUGGAUCUUGUUGUAGAUCAUUCAGUUCAAGUUGAUGUGGCAAGGUCAGAGAAUGCAGUUCAAGCAAACAUGGAGCUUGAAUUUCAGAGAAACAAGGAGAGAUUUGCUUUCCUUAAAUGGGGUUCUACUGCUUUCCAUAACAUGCUUGUUGUUCCUCCUGGUUCUGGAAUUGUGCACCAGGUUAACCUUGAGUAUCUUGGGCGAGUUGUCUUCAACACUGAUGGUGUACUCUACCCAGAUAGUGUUGUUGGUACUGAUUCCCAUACAACUAUGAUUGAUGGCUUAGGGGUUGCUGGCUGGGGAGUUGGAGGUAUUGAAGCAGAGGCAGCAAUGCUUGGCCAACCCAUGAGCAUGGUGUUGCCUGGUGUUGUUGGCUUCAAGUUGUCUGGUAAAUUGUGCAAUGGUGUCACAGCUACUGACUUGGUUUUGACAGUGACACAAAUGCUGAGGAAGCAUGGUGUCGUUGGAAAAUUUGUUGAGUUCUAUGGGGAUGGUAUGAGUGAGCUAUCAUUAGCUGACAGAGCCACUAUAGCGAAUAUGUCUCCUGAGUAUGGUGCAACUAUGGGGUUCUUCCCUGUAGAUCAUGUUACUUUGCAGUAUCUUAAAUUAACUGGGAGAAGCAAUGAGACUGUGGAAAUGAUAGAAGCAUAUCUGCGUGCAAAUAAUAUGUUCGUGGACUAUAAUGAGCCUCAACAAGAACGAGUAUAUUCAUCUUACUUGCAUUUGGAUCUUGACGAAGUUAAACCUUGUGUUUCUGGACCAAAAAGACCUCAUGAUCGGGUUCCAUUGAAAGAAAUGAAAUCUGACUGGCAUUCUUGUCUCGAUAACAAAGUUGGGUUCAAGGGUUUUGCUGUGCCAAAGGAGGCGCAGGACAAAGUUGCAAAAUUCACUUUCCAUGGACAGCCAGCAGAGCUAAAGCAUGGAAGUGUUGUGAUUGCUGCUAUCACAAGUUGUACAAAUACAUCGAACCCUAGUGUUAUGCUUGGUGCUGGUCUGGUUGCUAAAAAGGCUUGUGAACUGGGUCUGCAGGUCAAGCCAUGGGUAAAAACAAGUCUUGCCCCAGGCUCCGGGGUUGUUACUAAAUAUUUACUCCAAAGUGGGCUGCAAAAAUACCUAAAUGAGCAGGGCUUCAAUAUCGUUGGAUAUGGCUGUACAACAUGCAUUGGAAAUUCGGGGGAUUUAGAUGAAUCAGUUGCUUCUGCAAUAUCAGAAAAUGACAUAGUUGCUGCUGCUGUGCUUUCUGGAAACCGGAACUUUGAGGGCCGAGUUCAUCCUUUAACGAGAGCUAACUACCUAGCUUCACCUCCUUUAGUUGUUGCCUACGCCCUUGCCGGCACGGUUGACAUUGACUUUGAUAAGGAGCCAAUAGGAACAGGGAAGGAUGGUAAAAGUAUCUAUUUCAGAGAUAUCUGGCCAUCGACAGAGGAAAUUGCUCAGGCUGUUCAAUCUAGCGUAUUGCCUGAUAUGUUCAAGAGUACUUAUAAGGCUAUCACAACGGGCAAUCCCAUGUGGAAUCAGCUAUCAGUACCAGCUGCUACUAUGUACUCAUGGGACCACAACUCAACCUACAUUCAUGAGCCCCCAUAUUUCAAGAACAUGACUAUGGAUCCUCCUGGACCCCAUGGAGUGAAGGAUGCUUUUUGCUUGUUGAACUUUGGUGACAGUAUUACAACAGAUCACAUUUCCCCAGCAGGAAGCAUCCACAAGGACAGUCCUGCUGCAAAGUUUCUCCUUGAGCGUGGGGUGGAUCGUAAGGACUUCAAUUCUUACGGCAGCCGUCGUGGCAAUGAUGAAAUAAUGGCCAGGGGAACCUUUGCCAAUAUUCGCCUUGUUAACAAACUUUUGAAUGGGGAAGUCGGACCAAAGACAAUCCACAUUCCUACUGGAGAGAAACUCUACGUGUUUGAUGCAGCAACGAGGUACAAGGCUGCUGGGCAGGAUACUAUUGUUCUGGCUGGAGCAGAGUAUGGAAGUGGAAGCUCCCGAGAUUGGGCAGCCAAGGGCCCAAUGUUACUGGGAGUUAAAGCAGUGAUAGCAAAAAGCUUUGAGAGGAUUCAUCGCAGCAAUUUGGUGGGAAUGGGUAUCAUUCCACUUUGUUUCAAGGCUGGUGAGGAUGCAGACACACUCGGAUUGACUGGUCAAGAGCGAUACUCAAUUGACCUCCCAAGCAAAAUAAGCGAGAUAAGGCCAGGCCAGGAUGUUACCGUCAGCACUGACACCGGAAAAUCUUUCACUGCCACAGCCCGCUUUGACACUGAGGUGGAAUUGGAAUACUUCAAUCAUGGAGGUAUACUUCCAUACGUAAUUCGCAAUCUGACCAAGCAGUGAUCAGAUAACACUUUGGCAUUUUCUUGUUCAGUCAUGGGUGAGCCUAGCUCUGUUUGUUUCAUCAUCCAUUGUGCUCUUUCACUUCUGUAAAAUGUGAGAAGGGGGAAUAAUUUAUUUAUUUUCUCAAUUUCAAAAAAAAGAAAAGGAAAACAAGUACACUUGGGACAGGUGGUAUUUUUGGUAUUCUGCGGCCUGCGAACUGCAAGCAUAUUCAAUUUGUUAAGUAAAUGGUGAAUCAUCAUCAUCAACAAUUUUUUUUUUUUGCCCUUUCAGUGCCAAUGAGAAGGCCAUACUUUCCUUUUUGACUUUGGCUAUAUUUUGUUUAGCAGUUCGAGCUUUUAAUUUAAAUUUUGUUGCUUACAUUGUAUGUAGUACUUGUGUUAAUAAUAGAGUGACAGCUUCUCCUUUGGAAUGAAAAA